AUGCUGUCAAGCUCCGUUGACUUGUCUGUGUUGGAUUCAGUGGAGGUUCGUGAACCCCAGGAAAACCAAACAAACAACAAAUGUAGUAGGACCUCAGGUCAUGUAUCGCUAUCUCAGAAUGGAUCUAAUGUUAAGGCUUUCCUCAAAAGAAAUGCUUUCGUUGUUCUCACAAUGGCGGCUGUUGCAUUAGGGAUUGGCCUGGGCUUUGCUCUACGACAAAUUAAUAUGUCAGCCAGGGAUGUAAAAUAUUUAACCUAUCCUGGAGAGCUGCUGAUCCGAAUCCUGCAGAUGUUGGUGCUUCCUCUCAUUAUUUCCAGUGUGAUUGCAGUAAUGUCAUCUGUGGACAGGAAGGCUUUUGGGAAAAUUGGGCUAAGGGUCUUUGGCUAUUACUUGGUCACCACACUGAUUGCUGCUUUCACUGGCAUCUCCUUAGCCAUUCUUAUCCAACCAGGAAAAUCAUCCACUGCUGACUUAGUGUCCUCUAGUGGUAAUACAGAGCCUGUGCAGACGGUGGAUUCCUUUCUUGAUCUAAUCAGAAACAUGAUUCCCUCAAAUCUGGUGGAGGCUUGUUUCAGAAAGUAUAAAACAGUUUACUCCAGGAGUGAUUCAGCAGUAAAGAGUCUUGGUGUCAAUACGACUGAGACCAGUAAAGACAAUGACAGAGUGCCAGUGCCAGGCACCGCAAACGGAUUCAAUAUUUUGGGUCUAUUGUGCUUCUCUGUUGCCUUUGGCCUUGUCCUCGGCAGUAUGGAGAGUGAGGGAAAACCUGUGAGGGAUUUCUUUGACUGCCUGAAUAAAGCCAUUAUGCGUCUGGUCAGCAUAGUCCUCUGGUACUCCCCAGUGGGAAUCAUCUUCCUAUUGGCGGGACAGAUUGUGAAGAUGACAGACGCAGAAGAGAUAGGCAGUGAAGUUGCCAUGUAUGGUCUCACUGUCUUCAUUGGCCUCCUGAUCCACAGCCUCAUCACCCUUCCUCUCAUCUUUUUUAUUGUCACAUGUAAGAACCCCUUCAGCUUUAUGGGUGGUCUACUCCAAGCUCUUACCACUGCCUUUGGCACUUCAUCAAGUUCUGCAACCCUACCUGUUACCCUCCACUGUAUGGAGAAAAAUCACAACAUGGAAAAACAAGUGACACGCCUUAUGCUCCCUAUCGGGGCCACAAUGAACAUGGAUGGCGCAGCACUCUAUGAAGCUGUAGCUGCAUUAUUUAUUGCCCAAGUCAAUAAUAUUGAUUUUAACCUGGGUCAAAUCAUUGCACUCAGUUUGAUUGUCACAGCUGCAAGCACUGGAGCUGCAGGCAUCCCACAGGCUGGCAUGGUAUCCAUGGUGAUUGUGUUGGAGUCGGCUGGACUGCCCACUGAAGACAUUUCACUGCUCAUAAUGGUUGAUUGGAUUCUGGAUCGUGUGAGGACUACCAUCAAUGUGCUGGGGGAUUGUAUCGGUGUGGGUGUAGUGCAACAUCUGUCCAAAUGUGAGCUGCAGCCCUCCAGCUCUGCAGAAAAAAGACUGAUGGAUGAAAUCUCCCAGGUUUGA